AUGACUACCCAGUUCCCAUCCCUCUCUCCGGCGCAGAAGAAGGAGCUCUCCGACAUAGCCCAGAGGAUCGUGGCUCCAGGGAAGGGCAUCCUGGCAGCAGACGAGUCCACAGGUGAGUAGGCCAAACUGGCCAUGGAGGACUGGAUGAGUGGGGUGGAGAGGGUGUUGGCGACAUGGGAAAUGGCUGUUGCAUUUUCUCAGCAAGUAGUGGUGGCCUGUAUGGGUUAGGCAUCUGAAGGAUGAGUUAGAGGUAGCCUUACGUUGAGAAGUUGUAGGAAUCUGUCAUACUUAGAUAUUUUUCUCCCCCCUGAAAUGCCACUAAUGUUCUUUCCUGCCCAUCAUUUCUCCGUCCAGGCACUAUGAGUAACCGCCUGCAGAAGAUCAACGUGGAGAACACAGAGGAGAACCGUCGGACUUUCCGCGACCUCCUGUUCUCUGCAGUUGACCCCAACUGCAUUGGUGGAAUCAUCUUUUUUCACGAGACGCUGUACCAGAAGUCUGACAAGGGCGUCCUCUUCCCCCAGGUCAUCAAGGACAAGGGCAUCGUGGUCGGCAUCAAGGUGAGAGGACCAGCAAUGUCAGAGGUCCCUUUUUGAAUACCAUCCUUCCAUCCUUGAUCAGGGAAGGUUUGAUUGGUGAAAGCAACAGGGGAGGGAGGAAAUAUCUAUUUUCAAAAGUUCCGAAAGGACUUGAGGCCACGUCCCUCAUUCAUGAGAAUUACAAUGUCUCCAAAUACCCAUACUAGUGUACUAAAUAGUAUGCAAAAAAAUUGUCAUUUCAAAAAUAGUACUCAAUGCGUGAUUGCAUUGACUCCUGCCAUUUGUUCAUUUUAUCUGAUUAUCAGCGUUUGUCAAACACGUGUGUCAGAAAAGACGAGUUAAUUGUACUAGAUCAAACGCCGAAAUUAGUAUGCAGUUUAAGUAUGUAGUAGGCUAGUAUGGGUAUUCGGACACGGCCACUCUCUUUCCAAUAGUCUACUGAUAAGAUUGGUUAGGUGAAGGCAAUUAUGACCAUACGUCCACCCAGACAACAACUCAAUACUGGAGUACCUACUGGUUUCACUUAUCAAGAUUGUGUGUGUGAUGUAAUAUAAUGGCACUAUAACAAUCAAACAUUACUGGGAAAGGGUAGGCUUGGGCGCUAUACUGUUUAUACCGGGGUAUUUUGAAAUACCGACGGUAUGAUUUUCAAUACCGUUGGGUUGGGGGCACCCCCGCGAGUGUGCUAUGACACUGCUUAUUACUAAGUUAAGUAUAACUAUAAGAAAUCUAAGAUGUGUCAAAUGAAUUGUAUCCAGCUCAGGGCUCCAGCUAUGCAUUUGUUUGCUAAAUGUUAAGAUCAAGCUUCUUGGUUACAGCAGAGACGUUCAAUCCCCUCCUUGCUCAAGAUUCCCCCCCCCCCCCCCCCCCCCCCAAUAAAAAAAAUAAAAUGGCGCCCCUUGUGAUUCCUUUCAGUAAUACAUACCUCUGUAUGGUACAAAAUCGGUAUGACUAUAAAUCUGGAUACUGCCCAACCCUAGGAAAGUGGUUAGUUUGACAGUUUGUUUUCUAGGUGGACAAAGGCACAGCUGGUCUGAAUGGAACAGAUGGAGAGAUGACCACACAGGGUAAGAAUAACUCUUAAGUUAUUUUGCAACUCUAAGUAACAAAUGUGUUUUAAAGCUAUACGUUUAAAUCAACCAGGUUCUUCAAUCUCCCUAGCCCACAUUUAGUCAGUUUGACAUGAUGACUUGUAAGACGUAUGACAACAGUAAAAUGAGCUGGAUGACUAUGAACAAUGUAAUAUUAAAAACCUCUCAUCAGGUCUUGAUGGACUCUCGGAGCGUUGUGCUCAGUACAAGAAGGACGGUUGUGACUUCGCCAAGUGGAGGUGUGUGCUCAAGAUCUCAGACGCCUGCCCCUCAGCCCUCGCCAUCGCAGAGAAUGCUAACGUCCUCGCCAGAUAUGCCAGUAUCUGCCAACAGGUGUGUGUGUGUGCAUGCCAUGAGAACUUCUCCCUUCUAAAACUAUAGUGCUUAGGGUAGGAUCAAAUGUAAUGUCCCAGAGGAGGAACUUAUCUUAGACACACAGUACUGCUACUGUAUACGCUACUGGACUUUACACACACAACUAACACAUGAUCUGAGAAAUCCCUCAAUGGCAAGGUUUGUCCACAUGCUGUUAAGUGUGUCCAUGUGAUUCCUCUCCUCAGAAUGGCCUGGUACCCAUUGUGGAGCCAGAGAUUCUACCUGACGGAGACCAUGACCUCCUACGCACUCAGUAUGUCACUGAGAAGGUGAGAUCAUAACAUUGUUAUCCUCUCAAAUACUCUGUUGGCCUUCAGUUAAACACUUAUGUGAAUCACAUUUCUCAGUCCUUGUUUUCUGUCUUCCACAAAGCCAGUGCUGGCUGGUUUACCAGCAUGGAAUUACAAACGCAUACCUCAAUCUCCUCUUAGUCACGCUCCAAUUUAAUUUCACAUCAAUGAACUUGAACCAAACGCCUUUUUAAACCCAACUCGCCCUCACCAGGUCCUGGCUGCCACGUACAAGGCCCUGAACGACCACCAUGUCUACCUGGAGGGCACCCUGCUGAAGCCUAACAUGGUCACCGCCGGACACUCCUGCUCCAAGAAGUUCACCCCCCAGGAGGUCGGCAUGGCCACCGUCACCGCCCUGAGGCGCACCGUCCCUGCCGCCGUGCCCGGUGAGACUGGGUUGGGGGUUUGUAGAGGUGGUGAUGGUAAUGUAGAUGGUGGGGAUGUGAUCAACACAAUGAAUGUCUCAGAAAGGUGGGGUUAGGUGUAAAGGUAGACUUGAAGGAGUAAAAACCGUAUAAUUUGGUUGAUCGGUGAUGCCAAAAUGAACCCCAUCACCAAAUUGCUAAAUAUUCUACCCCCCUUAGGCAUCACCUUCCUCUCUGGAGGCCAGAGCGAGGAGGAGGCCACUCAGAACCUGAACGCCAUGAACCAGACGGCCCUGCACCGGCCCUGGAAGCUCUCUUUCUCCUACGGCCGCGCACUCCAGGCCUCUGCCCUCGCCGCCUGGAAAGGCAAGGCUGCCAACAAGAAGGCGGCACAGGAUGCCUUCACCUCCAGAGCCAAGGUAAGAUGGAGGUGCUACACUAUUUUAGGGUAGAGUGGACACCUUGCUUAGAGGUACAUGCUACAUGGAUAUCAUUGGGAAGCUAUUGAAUGGUGGAGUUCUCUUGUAUCCUGAAGUAGUGUCCCAUCUGUGGUCUCCUUUCUCUCUCAAAGCUUCAUUCUGGAACCAAAUACAUUGUUUACUGAAUCACAAAUGUACAUUUCAGAGCAAUGGUCUGGCCUCCAAGGGAGAGUACACAGCGGUCAGCGGCGCUGACCAGGCCUCCAUGCAGUCCCUGCACACAGCUAACUACGUCUACUAA